CUUCACUACUCCAACUCACUUCUCUAACAAAAACCUCUCAUUCUCUCAUUCUCUUCAUUUUAAUUUGUACGUCCAUGGCAUCAACUGAUCAAAUUCAUGUCAUUGUUAUCCCAUUAAUGUCUCAAAGCCAUCUAAUCCCCAUGAUAGAUUUAUCUAAGAUCUUAGCAAAAAGAGGCCUAAUUAUCACCAUUAUCACCACCCCACUUAACGCCGCUCGCUACCAAGCAACCGUCGAUCGCGCCAUACGCUCAGGCCGCCUCCGCAUCAAGCUUGUGCCACUUCCUUUUCCAUGCAACGAGGCCGGGCUACCUGAGGGAUGCGAGAACCUUGAUAGUCUUCCAUCUCCUGAUUUGCAAACAAAGUUUCUUGUGUCAAGCUCUUUAUUACAAGCACCAUUAGAAAGUCACCUUGAAAAAGUUGAUCCAAGGCCUAGUUGUAUAAUUUCUAGCCUACCUUGGACUAAAGAUGUUGCAUAUAAGUUUAAUAUUCCAAGGUUUGCUUACCAAGGUAUUUCUUGCUUCACUCUUUUGUGCUCUCACAAGAUGAUGCUUCACAAAGUGCAUGAAAAUGUAAAGUAUGAUAAUGAACCAUUUUUAGUCCCGGAUGUCCCGGAUAAAAUAGAGUUCACGUAUGCUCAACUGCCUAAGAUGAUGAGGACAAGUAGUUCACAUGGUGAUGAUGGUAUUGAUUUGAAAGAUAUUCGCCAUCAAUUUAAGCAAGCUGAAAUAUCAGCAGAAGGGUUGUUGGUGAACACAUUUGAAGAGCUUGAGUUGGACUAUGUUAAGUCAUACCAAAAGGUGGCGAUGGGAAAUGUCUUGUGUGUUGGCGCACUCUCUCUUUGCAAUAGAAUGGUUAAAGACUAUGAAGAAAUGACCUCUAUCGACGAGCAUUAUUGCUUAAAAUGGCUUGACACCAUGAAGCCAAAGUCAGUUAUAUACGUUUGUUUUGGUAGCCUAUGUCAUUUGCUGCCUAAACAAUUGAUUGAGAUUGGUAAGGGCCUAGAAGCGUCAAAUUCUCCAUUUAUUUGGAUUAUUAGAGAAGUUGAUUACAAUGAAGAAAUAAAGAAGUGGGUAAAGAAUGAAAACUUUGAAGAUAGGCUUAAAGGAAAAGGACUAAUAAUCAAGGGAUGGGCCCCUCAAGUAUUAAUAUUAUCUCAUCCCGCGACCGGAGGAUUUAUGACUCAUUGUGGAUGGAACUCGACUUUGGAAGGAGUAAGUGCAGGUGUGCCUAUGAUUACUUGGCCAAUGUUUGCCGAACAAUUUUACAAUGAGAAGUUAAUAGUUCAAGUACUAAAAAUUGGGAUUAGAAUAGGAGUUGAGGUCACUAUGCAAUGGGGGGAGGAGGCAAAUGAUGGGAUUUAUGUGAAGAGAGAGAGUGUGAAGGAUGUUGUAGACCAACUAAUGGAUGAAGGAGAGAAAGGACAAGAAAGAAGAAGAAAAGCACAAGAGCUUGGAGAGAGAGCAAAUCAGGCAGUGGAAGAAGGUGGCUCUUCAUAUAUGAACAUUACUUCGUUUAUUGAGCAUGUCAAACAAUGGUGCAACUUGAACUAAGUCAAAUAGUUGGGUGUUCUACCAAGGAUGUCUUGGCCUAGUGGUUAAGAUUGAGGUGCUGUGAACGAUAGGUCACAGGUUCGAAUCCCCCCUCCCUUUCUUUGUACUUUGUACCGCCUUCGUGGCUCAUAUGGAUCAAAAAAAAAAAUUAGUUGGGUGUUCUUGAUAUAACACAUUCCAUAUAAGCUGUCAUUUUCUCUUUGCGAAGAUGACAUGUUGAUUAAUAAAUUUCCUUAAAAUAUUAUAUA